AUGACGACGUCGGCGGCCGCGCCCGUGAAGCCUGUGCGACGCAUCGAUUCCAACAGCACGGUGGACUUGGAGCACAGCGACAUCACCACCGAGAGCAACUGCUCUUCCCGGCUGCCCUCACCGCGCCAGACCGGUGACCGGGAGCAGUGCAACGUGAUCGUGAAGGCUACGUUCCUCGACGUGGACGAGGGCCAGAGCCUGUUGCAGUGCUUCGCUCAGCUGCGUGGCCGGAUCAUUUCAGACUCGGCGCUGGUGAUGGCAUAUGACAUCCAGGCCUACGAGCCUGGGAAGUUUAGCGACGAGCGUGCCAAGUCUGCGGAAAGCGCUUGCGCCGGGCCGAAAAUGCCGGAAGUGCGUGAAGAGCGUGGAGCCACGCAGGCCACUGUGCAGCCGAAAACGCAGGCUUCCCUACAGCCGAAGUCGCAGGCAUCGCAGGCAUCGCAGGCGGCAGGGAAGAAGAAGAGUCAGUCAAAGCAGACCGCGGAUCGCACCACUGUGAUGCUGCGGAAUGUCCCCAAUAAUUACACCAGAGAGAUGUUCUUGACCCUCCUGGACGACCACGGCUUUGCCGGGCGCUACGACUUCGUGUACCUGCCCUGUGACUUCAAGCGGCAGGCGGGUUCUACCACAAUCUGCCAUAGGCAAUCCGUGCAUCUCGAAUCAGAGGCAGAACAGGGCGCCCAAGCGAACCUGGGCUACGCCUUCGUGAACCUCGUGGACGCUUCGGCCGUCGAUGCUGCGUGGGCCACCUUUGAUGGUUUCGAGGCCUGGGCUCUUCCGAGCCAGAAGGUCUGCCAGGUCAAAUGGAGUGGCCCACACCAGGGGCUGGAGGCCCACGUGGAGCGCUACAAGAACAGUCCGGUGAUGCACAAGAGCGUUCCGGACGAGUACAAGCCGGCGAUCUUCAAGGAUGGUGUGCGAAGGAGCUUCCCGCGGGCCACUAAGAAGGUGAAAGCCCCAAGCAUGUGA